AUGCGAAUUCUCACCCACCUUGCUACGUUCUCAACAUGCAUCUCCAUGGCAUUGGCGGACGCAACGUUAUACGGUUACAACUGUCAAGACUGCAAGUGCAACGCCCUAUCAUCACAUACGCUUACUCGGAGUACCAACGGUCAAAGCUUCAACGAUUAUCAAUUUCCGAUUGCAUAUGGAAUUUCUGGAGGUGAUAGUGUUUGGUGUGAGACAUAUUCUGAUAUCAAUCUCAGCGGAGAUCAGCAGAACAUUGGGAUCAAUAGGGAUCAGAGCUGGGGAUGCACAGCUUCUCAGCACGGCGGGUUUUCUUCCGGCAGGUGCUAUGGUGUUUGAGGCAUUGGAGGAAGAGACCAGAAGAGGAGUGGAUCAGGUAGAGGCGUGA